AUGUGUCCUAGUGAGUUAAAGAAAGGCAGCCGACUGUUCGACGUAUCCAUGGAUAGACCUGAGGUUGCUGCUCUCGUCGGGGCAAUCUGGUUACUCUGCAAAACCGUACACUCUCUUACAGUACGGUCAUGUACAAAGAAGAAAGAUGAAAUCGUAAUCUUAUGCCAUAUGAUCGGUCACCCCAUAGAUGAAUCCUGGCAGAAUACGAUAAAUUUUAAAUAUUACAACCAAUUUAACAAAUGUCGACUCCUUGGAUGUAACAUUAGACCACGCGGAAGCGGCGUUAGCGGCGUUAGCGGCGUUAGCGGCGUUAGCGGCGUUAGCGGCGUUAGCGGCGGCAGUGGCGGCAGCGAAAGCGGCGUAAGCGGCGGCAGCGACAGCGGCGGCAGCGAAAGCGGCGGCAGCGAUAGCAGCGGCAGCGAUAGCGGCGGCAGCGACAGCGGCGGUAGCGACAGCGGCGGCAGCGACAGCGGCGGCAGCGACAGCGGCGGCAGCGACAGCGGCGGCAGCGACAGCGGCAGCAGCGACAGCGGCGGCAGCGACAGCGGCGGCAGCGAUAGCGGCGGCAGCGAUAGCGGCGGCAGCGAUAGCGGCGGCAGCGGUAGCGGCGGGAGCGAUAGCGGUGGCAGCGGUAGCGGCGGGAGCGACAGCGGCGGCAGCGGAUCUGAAAUGCAUGAUCUUCACUACCCUUAUGUCGGUGGCUCGCUUUUUCCACUGUUAAUUGCAUCUAUACAGUCGCAUACUGCGGUGAACUAA